UCCUGGAAGUGUGCAACGACAGAAGUGGAUGUGGGACGGCACUACAAUGUUAAAAUACGCGCCCUCAGGAACUAAGUACGCCGUGUAUACUGUAGCCAUCGGCACAGCGCCCCCUCGUCCUUUAGGGGAUUUGUAGUUUUUAAUGCCAAGAACUCCCCCGCAUGGUUAAGACGUUUUUUGAAGAGAAAACUACAAUUCCCCCAGAGCUCCUCGAACGUGUUACUUGUCAAUAUGGCUGUUGUCAGACAGACAAAGCGCAGAGGCAAAUAAUUCGCCUCUGAUUAGAAAUCCUUGGAAAACAGUCACACGGGGGCACGGAUAUCAAACUGCAUUAUAACUCGGCCUCAGUUCACUCCGACGUGGGCCUUUGGUCGUGUUGUGAAGUUAAAUGGUCAAGCGGACGAUUUAAACCCAGGAUGUCUGACUUCAGCGAGGAGCCGCGCUUCACUAUUGAGCAAAUAGAUCUGCUGCAGCGGUUGCGUCGUUCCGGCAUGACCAAGCAGGAGAUUCUCCAUGCCCUCGAAACUCUGGACCGGCUGGACCGGGAGCACGGCGACAAGUUUGGUCGCCGCACCUCUUUCUCCUCCUCUUCCUCCUCCUCCUACGUAGUAGGCGGGACAAACAGCUGCACCAACAACUCUGCCUCCAACAACACUGCCUCGGCAACCACCACCUCUUCUGUGAUGUGCAAUGGCGACAACGGCGCCAUCAACAGUGGCGAGGCCGGCGUACGCGGCCACUCCACGACCACUGCCUCCUCUAUGACCUCCAAGAUAUCCACCGCCACGCAGACUCAGUUUGGAAGCAGCGGGGGGCUGUCGCCCUCCCCGAGCAACAGCUACGACACCUCUCCACCUCCGGCGCCACCGCCGCCCGCCGCCAUCCUGCCCUCACCUGUCUCGCUGGUGGCGCUGUCACAGAACGGGCGCGACAGCCUAGCUGCCACACCCAAUGGGAAGCUGUCUCCUCCUCGGUACCCGGUGAACAGUGCCGCGGCAGCAAGAACCUUUGGGUUUGAAUCUACAGAUGAUGACCUUGACGUUGACGAUAAAGUGGAGGAGCUGAUGAGGAGGGACAGCAGCAUGGUGAAAGAGGAGAUUAAAGCCUUCCUAGGGAACCGCAGGAUCUCUCAGGCAGUGGUUGCACAAGUCACCGGCAUCAGCCAGAGCAGAAUUUCCCAUUGGCUGCUGCAGCAUGGCUCCGACCUGAGUGAGCAGAAGAAGCGAGCCUUCUACCGCUGGUACACACUGGAGAAAACGACUCCAGGUGCCACUUUGAACAUGCGACCGGCACCUUUGCCUCUGGAGGAGAUGGAGUGGAGGCAAACCCCACCUCCCCUUGCCACCGCCCCAGGGACAUUCCGACUUCGGCGGGGAAGCCGCUUCACUUGGAGGAAAGAGUGUCUGGCUGUGAUGGAGAGCUACUUCAACGACAACCAGUAUCCAGAUGAGGCCAAAAGGGAGGAGAUAGCCAACGCCUGCAACGCUGUUAUUCAGAAACCAGGGAAGAAGCUGUCUGACCUGGAGAGGGUCACCUCCCUCAAGGUUUACAACUGGUUUGCUAACCGCCGCAAAGAGAUCAAGAGACGAGCCAAUAUUGCCACAAUCCUGGAGAGUCACGGAAUAGACGUGCAGAGUCCAGGAGGACACUCCAACAGCGACGAUAUUGACGGGAACGAUUUCACAGAGCAGGCAUGUGAUCUGCCAUAUUUUGACAAGAGACCUCUCAGCCGACCAUUUGGCCUUUACCGCCUGGAGCCCACCUCACCUACACAGGAUGACAGCGCCGCUCACAGCGAGCACCAGGACCCCAUCUCCUUGGCUGUGGAGAUGGCGGCUGUCAACCACACCAUCCUGGCCCUGUCCAGAACCGGAGGAGUCCCCGGCGACAUCAAGACCGAGGCUCUGGAGGACGAUUGAACCGCACAGGGAAGUUGCGAGAGGGGAGGAAGUAAUGAGAGGGAAAAGGGAAGGAGGAUGAAAGAAGCUAUCGCAUCUCCUUCCUAAAACUAAUAUGAAUGGCUGCCCACACUAACCUCAAAUCUUAUCUAAUCAUACAAUUAAAGACAAAGGAUACAACCUAGUAUCCCUAAAAACUACGGGGGGAGGGGUCUUGCCGUCUCCCAUAACCAAAAUCUGUGGUUCUAGUCCUACUUCCGACCCCCCACCCUCCUCCUCCCAGGAUACCUCCUCUCUUUUACUCUUCCUCACCCACACUCCUCCUCCUCCUUUACCUCUGCAGCCUGGUCGUCUGAGCCGACUCACUCAGUCUAACUCACCGUCAACCUCAAAAAAAAAAAAAGAAAAAGAAAACUAAAAAAAAAGUGUACUGUAUAUAAGAUAUUUGGUUCUCAAUUGUUCUCAGUCAGUCUAACCUACAGGUGUGCUACCUACCUACCUACCUACCUACCUACCUGGCUACUCUCCCAACUCACCUCCUCUUCAUAGUGCAAUGAAUGGCAAGAGAAACCUCGGAGGCAUGGAGAGCGUCUCUGUUUGUGGUGCUGCUGCAGUCCAGAUUUGAUUGGCAGGCAGCGGUGUCCAGUCCCCGCUAGGGAUGGCCCGAUACCACUUUUCCAUAUCUGAUACUGCUCCUUUUUCUGUUAUAGUAAUAGAUUGGUAAGGAUCUACUGUACUUAACAUAGAUAUCAAAAAAAUAUAUUUCCCCUGAAGGAAGACAUGAAAUCGCCCACAAGAUGAUUUAAGCACACAUCGCAUUUUUGGUCAGUCACCAGACCUACCAGCACCUUCCAUCCAUCCAUUUUCUAUGCCGCUUGUCCUGGGAUCCUCACAAGGGUCACUGGGGUAUGCUGGAGCCUAUCCCAGCUGACUUUGGGCGAGAGGCGGGGUAAACGGCGCCUUCCAGAGAUUCAUAACAGUGGAACCUCGGCGUAAACCCCGGUUAGCGUGUUUUUCGGUUAAUGUUGACAAUGUACGCCAACAGACAAAUGUUUCAAACAGUAUCUCAAAUUGAAAUAUUGAUAUUUUCAUUUGAGAAUCGACUUUAGAGCAUGAAAAGCUGGUAUUGGCAGAAUCGAUAUUUCAGUAUUGAUCCUCACAUCACUAGUGAGAAACACUAUUGAAUUCAAGAAAUCAGUCACGGCAAAACGGGAGGGUGGUGUUGAAGAGGAAGGUGAUGAUCUCGCGGCCAUAUCGUGUCUUUGACGAAGGCAAAAGUAACCUUAAAUGUUCGUUUAUCCCCUUCAUUCAUCAGUUAUUUGCACGUCAAACUAUAAUUGUAGAAUUCCAAAAAUGUGUUUUGUGUUAACAUUUUGGGCUUUUUAGAACGGACUAAUUGGGUGUACGUUAUUUCUUCUGGGAAAAAUUGAUUUGGUUUGUGUCCGUUUCGGUUGGAGUCGGACCUUCUGGAACGAAUUAAUGACGCUAACCAAGGUUCCACUGUAAAAUCGAAUGAAGUGAAACUUUGUGCAAAAGUUUAAAACAAAUGAAAAAGGAAUUCAAAUUCCGGCAGUAAUAUGACUUAACAAGCACGCAAAAAAUGCAAGAAAAAAUUUCCUCGGUGUGGACAGGUGCUGGUAGAAAUCCUGGUGGGAGGACCAGAAUUUCCCUCAUUUUUGGGGGAAAUUUCCCUUUUGUUCAAGUACAAACGUUGCCAGGAAUGCUUAAGGCGGGUGCACAGAGAAAUGCAGCCUCGUUGUGGCAUGGACACUAUUUGACUGGAAAAUCUUCAUGUCUCCCCUUGAGGCGCUCUCGUCACACGCCACACAGUUAACACCAUGACUAGGCUAGGCUAAUUGGCUGUGCUACAGUGCGUCUGUUUACGGCACGUAGCGCAACGUUAAAUUGAUCUUUUUCGUGCUGUGUGACAAAACUGCACAUUUUGGAGUGGCCUUUUAUUGUGGCCAGCCUAAGGCACACCUGUGCAAUAAAUUCUGUCUAAUCUGCAUCUUGGUGGCUGGAUUAUGAAUGCUCACUAACACAGAUUUAGACAGAUGGGAUCAGACCAUCCCUAGUCCCCGCCCUGUGAAAAGUUGUCAUUUUCUGCUGUUUAAUGCAAACUUUGCCUUAAUUUGAACCACAACUUUUUUGGAAUCUCACUGCAGGACGGUUUUGCAUGUCGGGACUCAUGAAUCGUACUUCAACGUGACUUCUUUUUUUCUUUUUUUUCUAUUCAACAACAGAAGGGAUUAGGAUGGAAACCCCCAAAUGGCGACUGGCUCCUCAAUCAUGUUUGCCUUGAUGUUUGAGCUUGUCAGUGACUUUAUGAAGUGCUGGAGGCAAUGAAGAAUGAGCUUUUUGGGUCAAUGUGAUAAUCAAGCAAGCGUAAGCUAUCUAAUCAUAGAAACUGUGCUUUGUUUUAACGCCAUCCAUGCCAAAGGUAACAGAUGCCGGGAUGAGGCCGGCUCAAAGACGGCGCUCGUCGCCCCAGGCUGGUCUGCCCACGACCUCCACGGGCAUCCAAAGUCAUUUAUCCUCUUGUUUUUGUGGGCGAAUGCUCCCCCGGGGCCAGCGUGAUGUGCAAUGCCGGCCCAAGUACAGCCGGCCGCUAACAGAGGCUGGAGAUAUAAUCGCCAAAACAUACUCCUUCUAUGCCUCUAUAAUGAGAUUUGGUAAGCGAUGAUGUAAAUGAAAUCCAACUUCAACUAUAUGUGGAAUAUGCAAAUCGAACUAGCCUCAAAGGUAAAAGCACCACUUUUAAAAUGAAGCAGUACUCCGCACACGGCUCGGUAUUUAAGGUCAAAGGACGGUUAAAGCACGAGCCUCUUCCUGAUGACUCGGCAGGUUUUCAGUGAAACUGAGCUCGGCAUCUUUUGACUAGAAGGAAUGGAUUUACACUCUGGGGAAAUGCUCAUUUGUGUUGAUCUUCAUUGAAGCUUGUUUAGAAGGGGUGUCCAUACAACUUUUAUAUUACAGUGGACCCCCCAAACCCCCCCACCCCCCCAACCGUCUGGACCAACUCAUCAGGUCCCGCUCCGUCACGUUCUUUGUAUUACUAACAAGUUCCGUUAAAGGCGUCGACAUCCAUUGUUGAAAAAUGGGUGCGUGUAUGUCAACAUGUGUUGUAGUAUUGUUGACUUCCUCAUUAUUGCUAAGCAACGGCGUAACUGUCUAAUUACACAACAUUAAAACACGCACACAGUCUGUUCAGUGCAAAAUAAGUGUUGCAAUAAAAAACUGGCAGAAUUAACCUGAAUUCUACCACAACAACUAAAUAAAUGCACUCAUUUAAUUUUGUUUUUCAGAUUUUUAAAACGCUAGUGAAAAGAUUUUCGCAUGUACACAAACUUUUUUUUUGACAUUGUAGUGAAGACACACAACAAGAUGACUGCAGCAGUAUUAGAGCGGAGUAUAAAAUAUGACAUGAAGAAUCUACAUCUAAAAUUCUACAAUAUUUUCUUUAAAAAAAAAAGUUGUGCCAAAUCUAUCUGUGGUGGUCCCGAUGCAUGUGUGGCGGGCCGCCACACAUAAAUGAAUGUAUGGGAAAGACUGGGUACCGUCCGGUCAUGUUAAAGUUAACAUUUAAACCUUAAACGCUUAUCAACCGAGGAAAUAAGUAUUUUUAAAUUGAAACUAUAUUUUUGGGUGAUACUUUUACCACAUUUUUUAAACCCUCUCCAGUCUUUUUCUUUCUUAAAUGACUUAGCAUUUUUCCCCAAAGUGUGAACCUCUUCCUUAACCCUCGUUGUGUUGCUUUUGGAGUACUGGGCCAGUUAUGUCAUUUUCGUUUAAAAUGGAAUGAAAUAGUCUAAUUUGGACAUCCUAUACUGUGGUAUUAACGACAACACGUGUUUUAUUGUGUUUUUCCCUCAUGGCUUUAUGGAAUAUUGCCAAGCUUUGGGCUUCAAUGUACAUCUUCAAUAUGUAUGAGGUGAUGACUCGUACAGGGACCUGCAAUUCAAAAAGGAUUAAAAAAGGAUUUUAGGGUUAAAAAAAAAAAAUAUAUAUAUAUAUAUAUAUAUAUAUAUGUGUGUGUAUUUAUACUCAUUUUUAAGGCUAAUGUACAAAAUGUUUUGAAAUGAAACAUGCUUAUUGUAUUUAUGUUCUCCAGACUUUAUUUUGGUUUUCUGAUUAUUUCCACAUAUUUACUGUUAAACGCUCCCCCGUUUGUGUUUGAGGUGUUUAAUGGAAGACGAAUGACGAUGCACCUUACAAAAAGAGACCGUCAAGAUGGAGUCUCGUAUUCCCCAGCCCCCCGCCCCCCUCAAAAAAUGCCUUGCUGAAACGGCUGGCUGCCGUCACCUUGGAACACCAAACUCCACGGGAAAUUGUCGUGUUGCCUAUUUUGUGAGCAGCGACGACUCCUGAAAACUGAAAAAACCUCGUUGGCUCAGUUUCGACUUGGCUACUUUGGAAGAUUUGACCGUGGAGUUUGGGGUGUGUGUGGCAUUCUCAGUCUGCGUAAAGCAGGGGUGUCCAAAGUGCGGCCCGGGGGCACAUUCUAAAAAUGUAAUUUAACAAGUAAACUUAAAAAAAAAAAAAAAAAAAAAGAAUGGAAAAAUGCAGUCAUUUUAGAAGAAUAAAAUCUAAAUAUUAAAAAUGUUUUUAAUCACAUGAAAAAAAGACAUAAUUUUGAGAAUUUAAUAUCACGUGAAAAAUUUAUUAGAAUAAAGUUGAACCUUUUUUUGUCAUAAUAUUGGAAACAAACAAAAAAAAGCUGCAAUUUUUUGAAAAUUAGGAUGGGGAAAAAGUUAUGGGAAUAAGGUCAAAAACGCAUGGGAAUAAAAUGUAAAUAUUAAAACAAGUCAUGAGAAAGUAAUUUAUGAAAUUCAGGUAAUAUGAGGAACAAUAUCAUUUUAGUAGCAUGAAGUUGACAUAUUAAAGGAAAAAAAAAGUGCGUAAUAUUGGAAACAAACCAAAAAAAAAGCUGUCAUUUUUGGAAAAUUAGGAUAGGGAGGAAGUUAUAAUAUGGGAAUAAAUCGAAAUAGGAGAAGAAAAUUUACAAGACGACAGUUGAAAUAGUUGGAAAAAUAAAAACACAGCAUAAAAGGGGGAAAAUAGCUGUAAUUUUACAAGAAUAAAGUCAAAAUGUGAUGAGAAUAAACCGGUAAUAUGCAGAAAAAUGUCAUGUUAGUCGCAGAGUUGUAAUAGAAAAUUAAAAAAAAAUAAGUUGUUUUUUUAAAAGUCAUAAUAUUAUGACAAAUAAAACAAUAAAUAAAGUUAUAAAAGUUAUAUUAUUUUGGGAAUAAAAGUCCAAAUGUUUUAAAGGGAAUAUGUACAAGUAGAAUAUGAAAAAUACAACAGCAAAAAAAGAGCAAAGAGCGAGGUUGUGCUUUUUCACCUGCAUGACAAAGCCGAGGUGCAUUGAAAUAUUAACUGUAUAACGUCUUAGCGUAUCCACACGUGUUGCUGUACAAAAUAUCAAAGUGGCCCCUGCACCCUUUCAUGUUUCACUAUGCAUGUGGCCCUUGUGGGAAAGGUUUGGACACCCCUGGCAUAAAGACUGGAGAAAGUCGGUCACUUUACGCUGGCUUUGAGACACGUUGGGGGGGGGAACUGCUGUGGGGACUGUACAAAGAAAAGAAGAGCAGUCCACUUUUCCAUCCAUCAGCGUUUAAGCUUGACAGAUAAGGGGACGGACAGGUGCUAAAGUCUUGAAUGAGAUGACAUGUCUCCCGGAAAACUGCAGGCGUUGCUGAAGCAUAUGUGGCCCACCCACACACACCCCCAGCCCCCACCCCUCAUCCGGCAUCAAAAUGUACUCCGAUAGUAGUGCUUCUUCUUCUUCUCCAGGGAUGUCCUCUCGUGGUACGCCAGGGUCUCCAUGUUACAUGUCCCUAAUGUGUCCCCAGUGCGUAACACUUCAUCCCAAUAUAGCUGAGAAAAAGAGGACUGAAUGCUGUUGUAUCAAUCUCAAACGAUAGUUUAUGUUCACUUUUACUGUAUUGCCCAUUUUGGAAUUUAGUGCCUUUUUUGGACAGUAGACUGUUCUGUAAUUAAGAUGUAGUAUAUAUACAUUUUUGUACAGUUUCUUUGUUCAUUUUUUUAACUUGUGUUUGUUUUAGUAUGAUAUAUAUAUAUAUAUAUAUACACAUACAUAUAUAUAUAUAUAUAUAUAUAUCAUGUACAAGAGAAUAAAGCUAUAUCAAUGAAACCUCCUUCGGGCUUACGACCAGUUCUGUCUUACGGUGGGUACACUCCUCACAUGUCAGCGACCAAAUUCAUGUUUCCCCUCAUUUGUACCGCAGCUCCCCAGUGCCCUCCCCCAGGAUGACACUACCACCGCCAUGCUUGACCGUAAGCACGCAAUUAUUUUGCAGCCACAUAACUACUCUCCACUCUUAAAAGUUGUAUUUCUAUACUGUUGUGUCUUGAGAAGAUUGACUGUACUAAAAAUGAGUGCUGAAAUGUUGGGGGUGUACUCACUUUUGUGAGGUACUGCAUAUGUAUUUUUAAAUAAAAACUAUGACCACGUAGGUGAUUGCGGUUUACAUCAAUUACAAUACAUUGUACAGGGUGGCCUGAAAGUCUAGACGCACAUGCAACAAACAUGCAUUAACAAAUAUGAUAUAAAUACAUAAUAUGGUACUGCUGAUGUAAUGGUUUCAUUUAUUUGAUCAACAGAUUGCAUUGUGUGUGUUGUGUUGUGUUUGCUGAUCCACUGUAAAUGUUACAAUCGAAUGAGAUCACACGGUUGAACAAAUGAGUCCGGUCAAUUUAUCAAAGAAAACAGACACAUUUUGUCAAAGUACAUAAGCUGAUAAAAAAUGUCAUUUGUGAGAAAAUGUGUUACUAGACGAUAUAAAAAGUGCUUUGUGCACAGUUCCUUGGGAGCGCUCCACGAGUGUCACGUUAAGGCACACACAGAAAAACACAUGAAAGUAACUUAGAAAAACAUGGAGUGGUAAACUUUCAUAAAAUCUACCAUAAUAAUAAUAAUAACACAAUUAAAAAGCGUUAGUUUUACGACCGUCACUGGACGAACACAUCCAGCGUGAAGUGAAAGUGAAACCCUACAAGGAGAAAGGAUAAGGUCUGUCUACAGAUGUAGAAAUAGUUAAGCUAGAUGACGCCUCCACACCUGCAACGCUUACCUCAUUGCUCACAUGCAGUAGCCGCUACGUUUUGAAUUAGCCAAGUCCAACCCUCUCAGCACUUGCGGUCCUCUCCACUGUUGCAAGCUGAUGAUGAUGAUGAUGAUGCACCCUCACCUUUGGCUAGAGCCGUGAGGGCCGCCAAGUUGGAGGUGGAUCCAGACAAGUUGGCGCUGCGACGCUUCUGCUGCUGGCGACGGCGUUUGGCCCCGCCGCGGCUCACGCGGUCUGGCCGGACGAGUACUCCGUAGCCAGGGUUGCAGUGGAAGUAGUGCUUGCCGCCUACGGAACCAUCAUUCUUUCCUGGUGACACACACAGAAACCUGACAAUCAUUUCUGCAAGAACAGUCUUUAAACCACCGUGGAACCACUGAGGUCCAACACCAUCCACUCCAGAACCAUCCAUCAGUCUUCUUCUGCUUAGCCAAGGUUGGAUCAUGGGGGCAGGAGCCUCCCGUUGGACCCCGAGGGCUCCUACUACACCUCCAAGUCUCUGCUAUUCGCAGACGUUGUGGUCCUGAUGGCCUCAUCGGGCUGUGACCUUCAGCAUUUGACUCAGCACCUCCAAAUCUGAGGCCAUGGUUCUCAGUGCGGUUGGGAGCAAGACCUUGCCCCAAGUGGAGGAGUUCCAGUAUCUCGGGGUCUUGUUCAUGAGUGAGGGAAGGUUGGAGCGCCUGCAGUAAUACGGUCGCUGGUGACGAGAGAGCUGAGACAGAAGGCAAAGCUCUCAAUUUACCGGUCGACUUAUGUUCCCUCACCUACGGUCAUGAGCUUUGGGUCGUGACUGAAAGAACGGGGUUGCAGAUACAAGUGUAGGGUGGCUGGACUCACCCUAAGUGGUAGGGUGAGGAGCUCAGAGUAGAGCCUCUGCUCCUUCACAUCGAGAGGAGCCAGUUGAGGUGGCUCGGGCAUCUACUCCGAAUGCCUGGUGAGGCGUUCCGGACAUGCGCAGCCAGUAGGAGGGCCCCGGGGCAGACCGAGGACAAGCUGGAGGGAUUAUGUCUCACAGCUGGCCUGGGAACGUCUUCGGGUCCUCCCGGUAGAGCUGGAAGAGUUGGCUGGAGAUAAGACUGCUGCCUCUGUGACCCAUACCCGGAUAAGCGGAAGAAAAUGGAAUAGAACUAAUUAUUAAUGUGGUUUUAUUUAUUUUAAUUUUAAUUUCUAUACUGUAUGUAUAUUAUGUGUUUAUACUGUAAGUCCAGACUUUAGGGACACCUGGUACCAUUCACAAGCCGCGCUCGGAGUAACGGCAUGAAAAAUAACGGUCUUACUUACGACGUUAUCGUUUUCCAGAAGGUAAACGGACAAAUGCAAGUCCAGAGCGGUUUCCACUCACCUGCAGGUACCUCCAGUUCCACUCCCACCCACGUGCCCUGUGCAAAAUCUGUGGGUCCCACGUAGCGCACGGUGCCGCUUUUAUUGGCGCCAACCGUCACAAAUUCGCCUUCUUUCAACCAGUCAGGCAGAGUGGCUGCAGCAGCUGCUUCUCCUUCCUCGCAGUCCAAGAUGAGCUCCAACGGCUCGGAUAGGUUGGGUUCUGAUUUCUCAGAACUGCCGGCCUGCUCCGUCUGACCAGGCUCACCGAGGAUACGCCGGAAGGACUUGAGGUCUGAUGACUGGACUUUUUGGAUCUUGAAGGUGUUGACCGCAGAUGCGGGAGUUUUUGCCGCAGAUGUGUCGGCCGGUGCUUCUAGGUGGACCUCCUCAGUGGAUGAAGACGAAUCUGGGAUGGCGGUACCAUUGGAGUGUGAGGCUUUGGCAGGGGGUUGUUCCUGGGAUGAGGAGAGUGGAUCAGAAUCCUUCAAUGACCGAGAGGGAAGUGCAUUGGAAAUGUGGGUUGAGACUGGAGCGUGAUCUUGCUCGGCCUCUUUGUUGCUCUCCAACACGCGUGGUUUCGUGGAUUCCUUCACAUCCACCUGAACACUUUCUGUGAUGGCGGUCUUUGGUUUAGAGUCUGUUUCUGGUGGCUCUUUCGGUUUGGUUUGGUUCUCCAGCCGGAAUUGUUUCGAUUCCACAGAGUCAGUCGCCAAUGGUGCUGGCUUGGUCCGACACUUGGACUCUACAAAUGGAUCUGGUUCCUCUACUUCCUGCACUAAUGGGGAUGGAUUUGGUUUUUGGUGAUUCUGAUUGGAAUCAUCGUUUAGUUCUGAGUUCUUCACAGCUGCCUGCAGAGACUCCUGAGGUUCUGAUCCAACAUUACUGUCAGGGAAUCCCUCCGCCACUUUUUCUUCUUCAUCCGUCAUGCCGUGGCCAGACAGCGGAGGGAGGUCCCAGCUCAGCGUGUAGACAUCCGACAGCGUCGUUGUGGAGAUGCUGGUGGAAAUGUAACCACUCGAUGCUUUGCUCGCUGAGCUCCAAGUGGAGUCUUCUGUCUCGGAGAUGAUUGGUGAAGGAAAAGGCAAAGCUUUGGGACUCUCUGUUGGGAUGUCUGGAGGGUUGUAUUCAUUUAUAGGACCCUGCAGGGCAACCAUGACAACGUGUUAACCAUGUUAAAGCAAGCAAAUCUUUCAAAAAUAAAAGCACUACAGUGCGACUCAUAAUGAAAAAAGAAGACGUGGGACUUUAGUGUCUUGAGUCUCGUUUGAAAUGUUACAUUUUUAGGCUCCAACCCCCCAUUUCUUAUUUAUAAAUAGAAUAUUUUUGUAGUUAGAGCAUAGCACCUUUUUAUGACCUUCUAAAUACGGGUUAUAAAAAUCUAAUUUUAAAAGGAAAACUAAAAAAAAUCAACAGCAAAAAUGGAAAAAUCAGCAGAAAUUUUACAAGAAUAUAAUAACCCUAGCCACUACUCAUUAGUUCCUCAAUAACUAGUGUACUUUGGGGCGCCUUAUUGUAAAGUGAGACCUAAUAAAUAAAUAAUACACAAAAUAGUGAUACAUAAAAGAGAAAAAAGUUUUACUCUAACAAGAAAGUCACAAUUUUACAAGAAUAAUCUCAUACUGUGAUGAGGAAAAAUAAAGUUAGAAAAGCUGACAUAAUAAAAGAAACCCUCUUCCUGCCUGUUUGGAGGCAAGAGACGGGGAAAACAGACACACAUGCACAUGGCAACACAUUUAGGCCGGCAAAAUGAUCCUUUUCAUUUACUGUGUGAUUAUUUAAUGAAUUUAUCAUCCCCAAAAGACAUUGUUUUUCUGAACGAGAAAUCUUGUCAGGUUUUGAUCUUGUGGCACCCGUACUCUCUACUAAUACAUUCAUUUUAGUUCUACAAUAUCCCGCGUGCCAGUAAAAAAACAAUCUGCGGGCCAAAAAUGACCACCGGGCCGCACUUUGGACACCAGCGGCUUACAGUAAAUCAUCUCCCUUAUGAACAUUUAGCUGAAUGAAUGCAAGAGUGGCGUAUUUAAAUGCACCAACCCCUGAAGUAAACAUGUGACCACAAGAUAUUAGCUCAAUCCUUGCCUUCACGGCGCAUCUUCUACAUUCUCAGGAAGAAUGACUGUGCACGAGUCUGGAGAACUUACCGAAAGGCAUGCACUUAUCCCUUCUUCAACACUGGCUGAUUGCACCAUGAUAUGAGGCACUUUCUGCAACAGGAGAGCACUUUUUAAUGACUUGACAUAAUGUACGUGUAGGAGUUCCCAAUAUAAGUAUAAUACUGCAAGUGGGCCGCUCAAUCUGGACGUUAGAUGUGAAUACACCUGCAGGUAUCACUAAGCGUUCAUUUUACAGCAUCAGUGAGCCGGUAAAACAGAAAUUGGGGGGGGGGGACACAGAUGCUUCAUUACGUUCGGCCUGCAAAUCUAUACGUACAAUGAGGUGUGUAGAUUCACGUUAUACAAGAAGAAAAAGAUCAUGAUAUGAGACAAAUAUUUGCUCAUCGGAUCCCUCGCACAGACAAUCAUGAUGAAACAAUCAGGAUAAUUGCACUGUAAUUAUAAUCGCAGCCAUCAUGCUUGAUCCCUAUUCGGUGUGCUCGUAGCACGGCUCGGCAUGAGCUGUUCGCUGAUUAAAUCUUGGGCGAUGUGCUUUUUAACCGUUUGUCUGUCGCCGAACACAGCAAAACAAAACAAAUGGCACUCGAACUCUGAAGAGCGCAGGAGAGGCUUAAGGAGCUUGGCGCUGACGCAGAUGAAUGAAUUACAGCAAUCAUCGCAAUCGUUCCGCCACCGUGCAUGCGCUUGACAUCACAAUCCGAGGCACGUGCUUCAUUCUCCAUGCAGCAGGUGAGAACUCACACGGAAGGAGCACAGCAACACAACCUACAUGAGCAGUAGAGAGCAGGUCAAACACGCAUAUCCUGUCCAUCUGGCGUGCAGGACAGUCAACCUGAAAGUUGACACAUGUGAGCCUCUUGAAUGAUCCUCAACAUGGUAUUGAAAGCAGAUGAUGGUCAUGUCUCCAUCAUCGUACUGACGAUACCAGAAAUAGUCGGGCGGUGGUUGUUUUUUUGGCGACACCUAGUGGUCACAAUGAAUUGAGACGAGAUUGUGAUUGUAGUUAGGCAUACAAAUUGAACGAUUCAGAGCAUACCGGACACUUUUUGAUAUGGAAUACUUUCUGAUACGCUUGUCUGUAAGUAAUGUGCAAUUCUAAUAUUUUAAUACCUAUGUUUUAUUGUAGGACACCAAUUAUGUCUAGCUUGAAGGCUGGAGCUGCUGCGUAAGCUACUGACUAACUAAAUACACAUGUAUGAUUUUUGGCCUACAGUCGUCCCUCAUUUAUAGCUGUGAUAAAAGCGUACCUGUUGCCCUUGAUAAAUGAAUUGCCGCGACAGGAUUCAGUUUAAAUAAAUUGAAUAUUUUCAGAUGACUAUCUAAAUAUGGCUUUUUAACAUUAUGAGAGCCUCGUAGACAUGAUAUAACACCGCUAUAGUCACCUUUACACUCCUAUUAUUCUUUGUUUAUUCUUCUAUUAUUCUUUAGGCAUAACAACAUCUGAGCUAAGUAGCUAGCCUCCAAUUUAUUUAUAUUAAACUUAAAAGGGUUUGAAACGGAGUGGGGAAGAAGGACAAAGAAGCCACAACCAUACCACUUCCACAUGGAAUGGGAGGAGGACUUGUUUUCACUAUGUCAUGUCAGACUUUGCAUCCAUGGCUGACUCCAUAUUGCACCUUAAGGUAAUGUAAUGUAAGAUAAUCGCUUAUUAAUGUAACAUUACUUUUACUGCAAGUAAAAGUAAAAGUGUAGUGACCAGAAUACUACAUGGCUUGUAUUUCUAUAUUUUUUUGACUAAUAAUAGGUCAUAGUCAACCACAAAAGUGCGAUCUUUUUUAAACGCGAUAGAGUGGCGGAGCGACGUUCGAGCCGCCAAGUGGCGAGGUAUAUAUACAUAUUUACAUUUUAUAACAGAAAAGAAAAAAAAUCAGCAAAUGCCAAAACCACAAAUAGGCUGUAUUAACAAUGUAACAAUAUGAACAACACAACAACAAAAAAACACACAUAUACAGUGGAACCUCUGUUAGCGUACACUCCGGUUAGGGUAUCAUUUUACGUAAAAAAAUGACGAAAAAUGUUUGCCUCAGUUUGUGUUCAAUGUGGCGUGCGUCUCGUCGUGUUAUUAUUACACUGCGUGGGUCCAACUGUGUUGUUAAUGUAUUUUAAUCACAAAACGUCCUUGUUAGCAUGCGCUGAACUGCAAGUAAAAGUGCCAUUAAAGGUUCAUUUACCCUUUCAUUUGUCAUUUUCAUGCAUUUUGAAUAGUUUUCUGCAUGUGAACUAAAACUGUAUAACUAUUACAAAAACAAGUUUUUUGUGUUAACAUUUUUGGGAUGGAUUUGGACGAAUUAAUUGGACUUAUUAUAGGAAAAAUAGACGUGGAGGUGUUCCAAAACUUUUGGAGGGGACCAACUCAUCAAAUCCCGAUCCACCAUGCCUCUUCUUAUGAUUAAAAAAAGUGCCCUCUUAAUCCGACGUCGACAUACAUGGUCGACCUUUGUAAACACCUGUGGCAGGUUAUGCGGGCUGAGGGAGUCAACUAAAUGAUGCAGUAGCAACCUGCGCCGGAGCCGUUUUCUUGAUGAGCUUCCAUCUGUGGCUCAAGGUGCUAAUAAUCCGACUAUUUUUGUGGAGUCGUAUAUUACCACGGUGAGACGCUGGGAUCUUCAGGGUGACAAAGUUCAUCUGUUCCUAAUUGCCACUCCUUCUACACAGUGUGCUGGUGUCUCAGUGGGGGUUGUUUGGAACAAUCAGCUUUCAUCAGAAACAGCACAUCAUAAUACAGCACAGCACUCAGCGCUGCUACUUUGAAUUUCUGAAACCGUUAACUUCGCUCUGGAUUUAUAGUUAUUGCACAUUAUUAUAUUGUAUUAUUAUUAUUAUUAUUAUUAUCAGUAGU